GGCGAUAAAGAAAGUUUGUGACACCUCUGCAAGUUCUGGGGGGAAAAUCCCACGGAGCUGAACACUAACGGAUGAUUUACUUCCCAGAAAUGAUUUUCCAAAGAAGAUAGCAUAGACUGUUACCCGGCUCAUCGAGAAAUUGAGACACGAAGUAACUCAGAGAAGAAAUGUGACGGAAACAAGAGUAGAUCAUUCUGGGCAGUGCCCCGGCAUUGCCGACUAACUUAUUCACUACAGACUGCCUGGUGUAUCAGCUGAUGACAGAUUGAACUGCGGGACAGGCAUACCUUGUUGGUGUCUUUCUUCUCAUGACGUACAGUUUGUUGUAAACCACACAAAGUGUGUGGUCGGAACUUGACAUUUAAAAUCUUUAACAAUCUGCCAGCAUCGCUUAGAUUUCAUAUAUUCUCAAUGGAGAAUGAUAUCAUUCAUACGGCUGUAACAUCCAAUAACACAAUUGUACUAAAUGGCACAGAAGUUGGUUUGUGUCCAUUGUCUGUGGAUGCCCAAGACAAAGCUUUGACAGAUCAGCUGACGGUAACUGCAGCACCGGGCUUUCUCCCCGAAAAUGCAGUACUGGUGGAGACUAGUCGUGGAUUACUAUUGUCUGUACCUGAUGGGGCUGGAGGCGUUACUUAUGGCAGGAUUACCACCCCUGUGGAUCUUCAGCAAACCGCCUCCCUCCUUGUAAACUGUACAGCUGACCAGUUAGUGGAGGCUCAGCAUGCUGCUGACGUGUUGGGGGUCAAGUGGCUGGUAAUGGCCUGGCUGUGGGACACCAGCCACUGGAUGGCACCACAGAGCUCAGACUUGCAGCCCGCAGCUCCCUGGUUUUCCACCUCAGCCACUCCCACAACCUGUAUGAGCAAUGUCUCAUUGGAGGAAGAGCCUAAGAAACGCAAGGGAGGUUGGCCCAAAGGUAAAAAGAGGAAGAACACUUCAGAGUUGAAUGCACCCCGGGCUCCUGUAACUGGAUAUGUGCUGUAUGCUAUAGAGAGAAGACAGGAGAUAAAGAAAACCAAUCCAGAUCUGCAGUUUUCUGAAGUCACCAAAGUAUUAGGCAAUGAAUGGUCAACAAUGCCACAGGACAAAAAACAAAAAUACCUAACUGAGGCAGAGGCUGAUAAGAAGAGGUACAUAGAUGAGCUCAAUGCAUUCCAGCAGUCCGUCACAUAUCAGAGUUUUCUUAAGAAGAGGAAGUUAAAAGGGAUGUGUGUAGAUCCCAAUGGACUGGAAUCUGAUGCUUAUGCCACUUUGAUUGAUCUUGAGGAGGACUACAUGUCUGAGCUAUACUGUAGGGUGUGUGACCAGUACUUCAGCUCCUUACAUAACAAGAAAGAACACAUGUUUGGGAGGCAGCAUUUGCAGGCCAUCACAGGUGAAUUGGAGAAAGAGCUUCAGCAACAGUCUGAGCAGCAACAACAACAGCAGGCCCAGCAGCAGCAACACAAUUUGCAGGAGGCAGCUCUGGUGACAGAUGACCUUCAUCAGGACAGUUUGGGGUCUCUCUCAGACAGCAGUGAUGGGGAAACCUUGAAGCUUUCUGGCCCAGUCGAUAUAGAGAGUUUUAUACAUGAGUUUCAUCAGAAAAACAGAGAGCGUGACCAAGAAAUUCAUCAACUGAAGAGAAGUUUGAAAAUGUCUCAGGGAGAUAAUCUUGCAAUGUGCAAACAGAUUCAAGAAUUGAGGGAUUUAGAAACCAAACUGGAUCAGGAUGUAGGUAAUGCCAAAGCAUAUGGUGCUUCCCUGACUGCUCAAAUAGAUGGCCUCAAGAUGGUGCCCACACUAUUCGGGGUUAUCAAUUUCUGACAAUUACUGAACUGCUACGCUUUAUCUCUCAUCUCUAGGUAUUUAUAUACUAGUAUCCACCUCAUUAUGAUGUUAUGACACUUACUGGGGGUAUUUAUUGCUCUGAGUAACUGAAGAAAUUAUUGUCUUGCUUCAUGAUGCUUUUUUUUUUUUUCACUUGUUUCAAGAGAAUUUCAGGGCUUUCAAAGUGCCAGUGCUGUUUUACAUGCCAGCAAGGUGUCUUGUUUUCUGUUGUCGGCAUUUUCAUUGCAAUCAGUGGAUAAUUCUAACCCAACAAUCAUUUGACAUGGGUCAGUAGAUCUGCCACGUGUGCUUUUCAGAGAAAUAUUUUUGUUUCAUGGUGUAAAUACAUGUACUAAAUUUGUACAAGAUUCUGGUGAAUGAGAUUUUUUGUAAAUAAACAGUGCAUCAAAAGUAAGUUCCCCACAAAACAAUACUUGAGAUUUUAAUACCAAGCUAUUUGCCCAAUCGUUGUGAAAUUUUGCACACAGUAUCUCAGUAAUCAAGUCGUCACACUGUAGCAAAGAUAACCCUGUAGAUACAGAUGUGUUCCAGUGAGCAUGUGUGAACGCAUUAUCAGCUAGAUUUUUAAAAUUUUACAAACAGAUUGAAAGAUGAUUUUGACUACCUGUACAAUCAGAAAAUGUAAAAAUCUGGUAUAACUACCGCACUUUCGUAUCACACUGAGACAGCGAGCUUGCAUUGUGUUAAUGAGGUGUGUGAUCCAGUUUUGAGGCGUGACUAACCACUCCUCCUGAAGCAGAUGUCUAACAUCGUCAACAUCGGACACCCACGUGACAUGGCGAUGCACCACUUGUUUCAACUGGUCCCACAAAUGUUCAGUGGGUUAGAGAUCCGGGGAAUUGGCCGGCUGUUCCAUGUGCUCAAUGCCAUCAUCUUCAAAGAAGUCAUGUAUUACUCUGGAUGUGGGCGAGUAUUGUCGUCCAGAAGAAGAAAUCCAUUGCCGUCUGGAAUUAUUUUUCUUAAAUUUUCAAAAUCCAACUGAUAAUGCAUGUUCCUUGGAUCACAUCUGUAUCUACAGGGUAAUCCUUGCAACAGUGUGUUGACUUGAUUACUGAUGUACUGUGUGCAAAACGUCCCAACCAUUGGGCAAAUGUCUGGGUAAAUCUCAAACACAGUUUAGGGGACAACUUACUUUGGAUGCACUGUUUAUUUAUGUGAAUGUAUAUUGUUUAUGUUUACUACCUGUUAUAUUACCGUACUGAUUUUGUUGCUGUAAAAAGGUUAUUUGAGCAUCUUCUGAAUAGGAGCCGCUGCAGUGUGAAAUUGGUUAAUACUCUUACAAUGUAUUUAUAGAGAGAACAAGUAUGUUCUUGGCAGUGAUGUUGAUGUAAAAGUGACAAAUUACAAACAAGUUCCUCCUCCAGUAUUUGCAUGUUAUUCUGUGUAACUGAAGGCUGUACCAUAGGGCUACUACGCAUCUUGCAUUUUCUUCUUAUUAAUUUUGUCCAUUUGCUGGAAUCAAUCUGUUGACACCUUUUAACAACAUCUUUGUAUUCAAGUGGCCUACGUAUAUUCUGUUAACUGUACCUCCCCCAUUGGUCUGUCAAACUGCUAUUUUUUUGUAUUCUGAGGUGCAAACAGUUGUCUCCCCUUAAUGUGAUUCCUAACAACUCCCAAGCAUACGAUUCAGGUAGAUUUCAACCUGGAAUACUACAUGUGCGUGUAUAUCCCAGAAUGUCUUUGAACAUAUUGGUUUUGAGUUGUGUAAACAUGCAAGAUUUUGUCAAAAGCUCAAGAUUAUUUUUAUUUCUGUCCUGAAUAAUACUGUAAUAUUAGUCACUUUAUAAUAGAAGCCUCCAGGCCAAGUCUUAUGAAAGUUGUACAUAUGAAUGGCACUGUGUUUGUUACAAGUAUCAUUUCUUUACUAGGAUUGUUAAUAUCCAGUUUUAUGGAUAGCCUGUGUAUUUGAUGUACAUUUAUGAUUUUACAUGUUGGUAUAUCUAACCAUAUUUUUUUUUUCACUUUCAUAUAUUCAAAUGAAUACAUACAACAAUCAUGUUUUGGCAUACAAUAUUAUGGCAUGGAGAUGCUUUUUGAAUAUCUUCUGCAUAUGAGCCAAAUUUCUUUUCAUUUUUGUGAUACAGAUUAAAUGUGUAUAAUGUGUUCUGCAACUUAAAAUUUGACCUAGGAGCUAAAAUUGUGAUCAUCAAGUAGUGAUAAGACAAUUCCGAUAUCCUGCCUGAUGUUUUAAUAUUCUGAAUUAAAAAAUCACCAUUUUUGAAAUGAACCACAGGUCUAUGGCAGUAGGAUGGUAUCAUUUUCUUGUAGACAAAGGAAAGGUUGAGGAGCUGAAUUGUCUUACUUAUCAGAUGGUUUUUUAUUACCUGUAGCUUUAGUGACUUCUUGUUUAGUUCAGUUCACAGAAUUCAAUUCUCAGUUCCUGUUAUGCUUAAUAUCUGAAGCCUCUUAUCGUGUUGUACAUCUUCAGCUAGAAGAUAAAGAAUCCUGUUCAAAAUUGUUCUCAAAAUUACUGCUUCAGUGUUGUAUUUGUUUUGGUGCUGAUGGUCUAUUGAUUGAAAAUGAGAAAUGUCUGUGUUCUUGGAAAAUAAA